AUGAUAAAUUAUUGUGUAGAGGCAGCGCAAAGUGCGCGAGAGCACACCGGGCCCGAUGGAACUAAAUCAGCGGUCCGCGGGAUUAAAAGCUCGGAGGGCGGGGCGGAGCGGCGUCCGCGGCAGUCCAAACUUGAGCCCCGCGGCGAGCGCACGCGUGCGCUUACAAAGUGCGGUGUUGAGUGUGCAGUGCGUACAGUGCAGGCAGUGUGGUGGUGGUCAGCGGCAUGCGCGAGGCGCGCGCUUUGCGGCGCCCCGCGCCUCGUUGACCCGAUGCACCGAGCGCUCUACUCGCGGCCCGCGCCGCUGCUGCUCGCCCUCGCCCUCGCCUGCAUGCUGCGCUGCGCGGCGGGGGCGGGCGUGUUCGAGCUGCAGAUCCUCGAGUUUUCUAACUACCGGCUGCAACUGGCGUCAGGUGCGUGCUGCGGGGGCGGAGCACCGGGUGCCUCGGGCUGCGCCCGUGCUUGUCGCACGCGCUUCGCCCUUUGCCUGAAGGAGUACCAGUCGGCAGCCGCCCCUGGUGCUUGUUCCUUCGGUCGCGCCGCUUCACCAGUCCUCGGAACGGAUUCCUUCACCCUCGCUGACCCGCUUUACACUCUGGCGCUGCCUUUUUCUUUUAGAUGGACGCGGUCCUUCACAUUGAUUUUACAAGCGUAUGACGACUUCAACUACACGGAUCCAGAAGAAACAGGGCUCAUCGAAGAAGCAUGGUGGUCAGGAAUAGUAGAGCCAGGUGAAGAGUGGCAUGCUUUGCGUCACGCCGGUGCCGCAGCUGCCGUCGCCUAUCGCGUUCGAGUCACUUGUCAGCCCAACUACUACAACACCACAUGCACGACCUUCUGCCGACCCCGCGACGACAAGUUCGGGCAUUACUCCUGCUCAGCGGAGGGCGACAAGAAAUGCUUGCCUGGUUGGCAAGGCGAUAACUGCGAGAAACCUGUCUGCAAAGAGGGAUGUCACCCGACGCAUGGUCGCUGCGAUCGUCCCGGUGAUUGCGAUUGUCGACCUGGAUGGCGCGGAGAACUGUGCUCUCAAUGUCAACCGUACCCAGGUUGCAAGCAUGGCUACUGCAACGGAUCGUCAUGGGAUUGUACCUGUGAUACCAACUGGGGAGGAAUUCUUUGUGACCAAGAUCUCAACUACUGUGGAACACAUGAACCCUGUCAACAUGGCGGCACUUGUGAGAAUACGGCACCAGAUCAGUAUCUUUGCACCUGCGCCGAAGGCUUCUCCGGUGUGGAUUGCGAACGCGUAGAUAAUCCUUGCGCACCCCAACCGUGUGCUCAUGGUUCCUGUACGUUAUCAUCAACUCCACCUGGAUUUGUUUGCGCGUGUGAACCCGGUUGGACCGGGCCUCUAUGUGAUGCUGAUGUCGACGACUGUGCCAGCUCGCCUUGCAGAAAUGGUGGUCUCUGCCGUGACAGACUUAAUGCAUUUUCUUGUGAAUGUACAACAGGAUGGACGGGAUCAACUUGCAGCGACGAUGUUAACGAAUGUGCUGAAUCCGGAGAGAACAACACUUCUGAAGGUAACCUUGGACCAUGUGUGAACGCAGCAGCUUGUAACAAUACAGCAGGCGGCUACGCGUGCACAUGCCUCGCUGGAUGGACUGGACGAGAUUGUGAAACUAACGUGGAUGACUGUACGGGUCAAUGUCUCAACGGCGCCACUUGCAUCGAUCUCGUUGAUGACUUCCACUGUGCUUGUGCUGCUGGAUACGCAGGACGUACCUGCGCACGAGACGUUGACGACUGCGCGUCACGCCCUUGCCGAAACGGGGGCGAAUGCGUUGAUCUCUUGGACGCCUAUCGUUGCAUUUGUCCGGUCGGAUUUUCUGGGACAGAUUGCGAGGACGACCGAGACCAUUGUGCAGGAUCACCGUGUGCAAACGGAGCGCCUUGCUAUACAGCCCAAAGUGACUAUUAUUGCCACUGCGCCCCGGGAUGGACUGGCAAGAACUGUACGCAGCGCGCCGCCAGAGACCCAGAUCCGCAUACGUUUUCAGAGGUGGACGAGUGCACGGCAAAUCUCUGUCGAAACAAUGCUACGUGUAUUCCGAAGCCCAACGGCUUCGCUUGUGUUUGCCGUGAGGGUUGGACAGGCGAUACAUGUUCAUUACGCAUGGAAGACCCUGGUCGUUGUGCGGAGGGACUCUGUGGAAAUGGUGGCACAUGCGUUCGAGAAAUUGGCAUAUGGCGUUGCGCCUGCCCCGCUGGUUGGGCUGGCCCUUCUUGUGAAACAUCCUUAGCCCCACUAGCACCGCCCACCGUUGCAUCCCCACUCGUACCACUAGCGCCAAUACCAACAACAAGUUGCGCUUGUGCUCAUGGUGGAACUUGUAUCCAAGCUGUUGUUUCACCUGGAUGGGCGUGCGUCUGUCGUGAAGGUUGGACGGGAGCACGAUGCGAACGUGCUGCUGACGGUUGCGCUUCAACUCCUUGUCGCAACGGAGGACGAUGUGUCGGUGGUGCUGGUUGGUGGACAUGUGAGUGCCCCGCGGGAUGGACUGGUACGGAAUGUUCUGAGGCGGCGUGUGAUCCUGCUUGUCCGCCGCCUGCUACAUGUGCGUCCGAUGCGGAGCGGGGUGCAAGAUGUGUUUGUCCUCCACCACCUGCGAGGCUAGCCCGUCACUGCCUUGAAUUAAUUGCGGGGCUAGGUGUCGAAGGUGCGGACGUAGAGGCAGCACCGGCGGCGUGUGGUGCAGACAAUGGCACGUGGUGGUGGGGCUGCAACGCAUGUCGUUGCGUCGCAGGAGCGCCCGCAUGCACGCGCCUGUGGUGCGGCUUACCUGACUGUUUGGCUCCAGGAGCGCAACCGUGUAGAACCGAUGAGGUUUGCGUACCGGCGGCCCCAGCGCUCUGUCUGCGUUCACCUUGCGCACCGCUAGGUGAGUGCAGGCGUGUGGCUGGGCGCCGUGUGGAGCCACCAGCACUACCAGCGCCGUCAACUUGCUGGCCCGGAGCACGGGGCCCACCUCCAGCUGGCUGCGCUCGUGCUGAGCUCCGGCUGGCUCGCGAGAGACUAGCCCGCGGUGCACACGUUGAGCGUGCUUGUGCAGCGCUGAGACGUGCUCUCGCAGCCGCACUGGCUCCUCGUUCACCGCCCGCUCCACCGCUCGCGCUUCUUUGUGACCUCGCGCCUGAUGACGACGAUGCUCUCGAUCUUGCCUUGUGGGUCGGUGAAGAAGAAGGAACUGAAGGUGACAUUGGUACUGGAGAAACUGAUGCAGGAGCGCUAGCUGCCGCUGUGCGAGCUUUAAGCGAACUCGUAUCUAGAAGGCGUUUAGCACAGCACGCAUUAUUAGGCGCCGCGUUAAGACUGCGCGUAGUCCACGCAUCGCCACCGCCACCUGUAGCUGAAGCGAGUUCAUCGCCCUCUGCAGCAUUGAUAGCGCUCGCAGCUAUUAUUUCGCUACUACUGGUUGGCGCUGGAGCAGCUGUGGCGUUGUUUGUUUGCCGACGUCGCGCAGCCGCUGUAGCCGCUGCGGCGGAGCGCUUGCGACGUCGCGACGAAGAGAAAUCGAAUAACCUACAGAAUGAGGAAAAUCUACGGCGUUACGCGAAUCCAUUGCGCGAGGAGCGACCGUCGGAUGAGUUGCCGCGUGCCCAUUCGCUAUAUAAAGCGCAGAAUGCCGAUGCGAGGAACAACACCCCGCCCCGCGACAAGGAGUUGACAAAACGCGCGUUGCCGCCGCCCGAGCCACCGCCCGCCCGACACCCGCCACCCGAGCGUCUCACCGUGCUAGUGUGA